AAGAAGCGACGCUGAGGCGCAAAAAAGUGGGAGAUUCGAAGUGUGUAAAUAGAAACGGAUUUAAACUAUUUUGGACGUGCAGCCGCAUUUCUGAUGCACUGACACGACACCCCGGAGACCUGUACUAACGCGUCUUAUGGCGACACCGAGCAAGACACCACCUGGAGCUGACCCGAAGCAGCUGGAGCGGACCGGGACGGUUCGGGAGAUCGGCUCCCAGGCGGUGUGGUCCCUCUCUUCCUGUAAACCUGGUUUUGGAGUGGAUCAGCUAAGGGAUGACAACCUGGAGACCUACUGGCAGUCGGAUGGGUCGCAGCCUCACCUGGUCAACAUACAGUUCAGGAGGAGGACGACAGUGAAGAUGUUGUGCAUUUAUGCUGAUUAUAAAUCAGACGAGAGCUACACCCCGAGUAAGAUCUCGGUGCGAGUCGGCAACAACUUCCACAAUCUUCAAGAAAUCAGGCAGCUAGAGAUGGUGGAGCCCAGUGGAUGGAUUCACAUCUCUCUCAUGAAUCCGCGCACAAACGAGCCCAUCAGCACAUUCAUGAUUCAGAUCGCCGUGCUGGCCAACCACCAGAACGGGAGAGACACGCACAUGAGGCAGAUCAAAGUUUACACGCCCGUGGAGGAGAGCUCGAUCGGCAAGUUCCCACGAUGCACCACGGUCGACUUUAUGAUGUACCGGACCAUCAGGUGAUCUGGACGUGACCCAGGAACCCCGACAGACUUAUAUCUGGAGCUGCUGCAGAUCAUUAUCAAUGAGAGGAACACCAGUGAAGCUGCCAGUGUUGAAUAUUUAAAGAUGUUCAGUCAGAGUCAUUCACCCAGUCAGUGUUGGUUUACAUGUUUUAACAAUGAGUUUCCACACAGAGUGAAUGCUUUGAUAUGAAUUUGGUUCCUAAAUUUAACCUUUUUGUCUCUCGCAGUAUGAAAAAGAAAAAAAAAAACAACUUUUGUGCCUACACAUUGUUUCCUGUUGUGGAUUGUUAAUAAAAAGGUAAAAAUAAAUGUUUCAAAAACCCAGAAUGUAACUGUGUUCGUGUAGAAAACUAUAACUUUAUUCUGUAGCUGUGCUCAGUCUUAGGCUUCUUGGUUUAGUCGCAGAUGUUGUUGCUUUACUUGAAGAAAAUGAGGUUUGAAAACGGUAAUACGUUGAUGAUGCAGGAAAAUGUUCUGUUCUGCUGAUGUUGGACCUCACGUCGGCCUUUGAUAUGGUUGACCACCACUUUUCUGUGGCGGUUCCUAAGUGCAGGUCAUCCUUCACUUCCCUUACCUAUGGUGUGCCACAAGGUUCUGUAUUGGGGCCCUUAUUGUUUCUAAUAUAUCUACUUCCUUUUCA